UUUCCUCCCUCCCCUCUUUCUCUCCCAUUGAAAUAACAAUUGUAAAUGAGACGACCCGCAUGUAUGUAUUACUUACGUUUCAGGAGUCGUGGAAAUAAUUUCCACCGCUCAUCUCAUCGCAUCUUAGACAGAAUUAUUAUUAUUUUUGGAGGGGUGGCUGAUGCGGUGGAGAAGGAUAUCACUUGAGAGAGAGAGAGAGAGAGAGAGAGAGAGAGGGGAAACAAACAAGACGCAGGCGCAUCCAAGCUUCGCCAACAGCAGAUCAGAUCGACAUGGACUAAAAUAUUUGUCUCUUAAAAGAGCAAAAAAGAGGAGAGUGGUAGGGUGGUGGUGGUGGUGGGGGGAACUCCAGUCAGUGAUCCGAGGUCUCCCGAAAAGAAAUAAGAAAAAAAUGGAAACGCGGUGGAUCCAGAAGCUGUUUCAGACAGUCUCAACUGAUAGACAGACGCAUCGAGUGGCUUUUCCUGCUACAUUUUUACUCCUCCCCUCUCCACGAGCGUCACCCCUGACAGAGGAGCCUACCUGUCAAUCUUUUUAAUUGUGUUGUUUUCCCCCUCUCUCUCCCUCUCUCUCCUUCUCCCUUUGCUUUAAAAAAAAAGAAAGAAACCUCCGACAAAAGAACGGAUCCUUCCGGAACUUAUCAGGUAGGGGGGGGGACUAAAACCAAACUUAUAGGAACACGCAUCGCGAACCACAACAAGUUCUCCACUAGUAUAUGAAAUUAAAUGUCAUAUUUUAUGGCAAUGACACUAGUUCGUCUCCCACUGGGGGGUUCAAUGCUCCCAUAUGUUGUGGUAGCCUAAUAGUAACAUGCUUUGAAUGGACUAUUUUUCCCCCAAAAUGACAGAUGUCAAUAGGUGGCAACGCGUCUGCGUGAAACGUACAGACAAGGGGAUGCAAACACCCUCUCGCAGGUCGCUGGUACGGGCUUUGGUUACAGGUGUACAUGAGGACACACACAUGUUCCGGCAGCAGCCCCCCCCCUCAAAUAAAAAAAAAAAAAAAAAAAAAAAAAAAAAGCGCAGCUGCGCAGCACCUCGUGUGAUUAUGUUUAGUAAAGCCUAUUCGUGGAUGUUUUGGGGAGAUUCGGCGGGGUCGGUCUCGGUUUCGUGGGAGGAAAUAAGCGGUUAAGGGGGACACGUUCGGAGGCGAGGAUUGAUUUGUUUCACCUUACUAGGAAGCGAGCGCCGUGUCCGGGAAGGGGAGGGACUCCCGACAACAAGUCUGCGGCGCCGCUGCUGCGCUACCUAACAAGGCUGCGCCAGCACAACGUUUUCUAUCCUAAAUACUGCGUGAUGUUGUUGUUUAGUUUGUUUUUGCUGAAGAACCAGAGAGCGAUGCCACAAAGCGCAGCGGCUUCUCUUUUUGUUUGAAAGCGCGUCUUUUAGCACGGCUCAGCCCGGCCUGCACGCGGUGCAUGUGCAGCGAGGGGGGUGGGGGGGGGGCUAAUGGUAGCCGGGCUUUAUCGCUGCCAAGAACGUAGCCGACGUCAAGUUCGUCCGUGAACUUUGUACCAUUGCGAAGCCAUGUCCAGCCUGCUGCUGGUGAGAAACAUCCGGAGGGCAAUAUCGGUGCUCGGUGGCGGAAGCGGAGGCACCGACACACUUUCUGGAGUUCGGCCGGUCGCGCGGCGCUUCGUCAUAGACAUGUCUUACUCGGCACACUUCAUGGAUUUCAAGGGAUCCUCCAUACCGAGCAGCAUGAAAAAGCUGGUCGUGAACAAGCUCAGUCCUAAUUUUAGGGAGGCCGUUUCCGUGCAAACCGUCGCGGUUCCGACCCCCGGGGACGCGGACUUGCUCGUCAGAAAUCGUUUUGCAGGAGUCAACGCCUCCGAUAUUAAUUACGCGGCAGGCCGCUACGACCCCUCGGUGAAGCCCCCCUUCGACGUCGGCUUCGAGGGCAUCGGUGAGGUCGUCGGCCUUGGCCUCAGCGCCAGCUCCCGCUACACCGUGGGCGACGCCGUGGCCUACUUUGGCAGCGGCGCGUUCGCCGAGUACACGGUGGUGCCGGCCAAGGAAAGCAUGCCCGUCCCCGCGGUGAGGCCGGAGUUCCUCACCCUGCUGGUCAGCGGCGCCACGGCCUACAUUGCCCUGAAGCGCCUGGGCGACCUGGCCAAAGGGGAGACGGUCCUGGUCACGGCGGCAGCAGGAGGAACGGGACAGUUUGCCGUGCAGUUCGCUAAACAGGCCGGUUGUCACGUGAUCGGGACCUGUUCGUCCGACGAGAAAGCCGGCUUCCUGAAAUCCAUCGGCUGCGACAGGCCGAUCAACUACACCACGGAGGACCUGGCCAAGACGCUGAGGAAGGAGUACCCACAAGGCGUAAACGUGGUGUACGAGUCCGUCGGAGGCAGCGUCUUAGAAGUCGCCGUGAACAGUUUGGCCAAUAAGGGCCGGCUGAUCGUCAUCGGCUUCAUUUCCGGGUACCAGACGGCAUCGGGGAUCCCGGAUUUCAGAGGGGCAACACUGCCGGUGAAGCUGCUGCAGAAGUCGGCCAGCAUUCGGGGCUUCAUGCUGCCUCACUUUAUCAGUGACUACAGGGAGGCUCUGGGUAGCAUGAUGCAGAUGUUUGCCAAGGGGAAGCUAGUGUGUGAGGUGGAUCAUGGGGAUUUGGCACAGGAGGGGAGGUUCGUAGGCCUGGAGUCAGUCUUCCGGGCUGUCGACCACAUGUAUGCUGGGAAAAACCUGGGCAAGGUGGUGGUGGAAGUGUUCCCGCCCCCUCUUAGCAAUAAGCUCUGAUUUAACUAAUGAUGAUGAUCAAAUGAUUGAAAACGGGAAAAUCUAGGGCUUUCAUUUUUGAAUAGAUUAAUUUCUUUAUUUUUGUACAAUGAUUGCUAUAACCCUCAAUUAAUCUAAUGCUUUCACAAAUAAACAUAAUGAGCAACUUUUAUUUUCUGCUAUUUUGGUUUUGGAAACUAUAAGCAAUAGGAAGGUGUUGUUAUUAUUUAGGGGAGCUUUCAGCAGUUUGUUCCAAGACUUAAAUUAGUCUAAAA